GGAAGGAAAGAAGGAGGAGCCGGAGGAGGAGGAGCCGGGAGAGCGCGGACAAAGGAGGUGGCAGUGGAAAGGGCACCGGCGUCUGGGGGCACCGGCGUCCCAGGCCAACAUGAAGCUGAACGAGAGGAGCUUGACCUUCUACGCCACCUGUGACUCGCCCACGGACCACGCCGGCGUCCUCCACAAGAAGGGCGAGCGCAACACGGCCUACCACCGCCGCUGGUUUGUGCUGAAGGGGAACAUGCUCUUCUACUUCGAGGAGCGGGAGAGCCGGGAGCCCGUGGGGGUCAUCAUCCUGGAGGGCUGCACGGUGGAGCUGUGCGAGGCCAGCGAGGAGUUUGCCUUCGCCAUCCGCUUCCAGGGCGCCAAGUCCCGCACCUACGUCUUGGCUGCCGAGAGCCAGGCGGCCAUGGAGGCCUGGGUCAAGGCCCUCUCGCGGGCCAGCUUCGGCUACAUGCGCCUGGUGGUGCGGGAGCUGGAGAAGCAGCUGGACGAGAUGCGCAGGGAUCUCUCGGCCGGGCACCGGCUCCAGCGGCGGGGGCCUCUUUACUGGAAGAACCGGACGGCGCCCAACUCGGAAGCCACCAUCCCACUUUGCGUGCCGGCCAAAGAAAAUGGCUGCGCGCUCUGGAAUAAUUCCAGCCUUCCGGCGGGAUACCCCUACACUGAACCCUGUGGCGCAAGGACUUGUGGGGAGGGCAGCCAUGACGGGGGGCUCAAGCCACCCCCUUUACCACCUCGGAGACGGGCCCUCUCAGGCCAUUCUGGGCGCACCAACGGCCCCAGCUCGGAUAGCCCCGUGUAUCCGAGUGCGGCCUGUUUCUCCAAACUCCAUAACUGGUAUGGCCAGGAGAUCCUGGAACUGCGGCAGGUCUGGCUGGAGGGGCAAAAGGGCACCAGUCUCUAAACCAGUGGUUCCCAAACUUAUUUAGCCUGUGCCCCUUUCCAGAAAAAAUAUGACUCAGCGCCACCUGGAAAGGAGGGGGUGACUUAGAGGGGUGGGCGUGGCUUCUGUUCAAGAGAGCGGGGCUGAGCCUCUCCCUAGUCCAAGAUGCAGGGCUGCGAGGGGAGGUGGGCAGGGCUACAAAUGGGCAGCCAGGGCUGGGAUGGAGUUAUGAGCUCUGGGGCAGGGCUGAGCUUCUAUCCCUGUCCUGCGGCGCCUGCCAGGACACAGGGGGCGGGGCUAGAGGAGGGGGCGGGGCCUCUUCCCAAGUGCCUGACAGGGAUGAACCUCUAUACCCCGCCCCCAUGUUCUAACAAGCGCCUUGGGAGGUAUAUAGAGGCUCAGCCCUGUCUCGCGCUCUUGGGAAGAGGCCCCGCCCCCACCACAGCCCCGCCCUUUAGUCCUAAAAGGCCUCUCGGGAGAGGUAUAGAGGCUCAGCCCUGUCUCAGGCUCUUGGAAGGAGGCCCCACCCCACCCCUAGCCCUGCCUUUUAGUCCUAAAAGGCCUCUCAGGAGAGGUAUAAAGGCUCAGCCCUGUCUCGCGCUCUUGGGAAGAGGCCCCACCCCUGCCCCUAGCCCCGCCCUUUAGUCCUAAAAGGCCUCUCGGGAGAGGUAUAGAGGCUCAGCCCUGUCUCAGGCUCUUGGGAAGAAGCCGCGCCCCUAGCCCCGCCCUUUAGUCCUAAAAGGCCUCUCGGGAGAGGUAUAGAGGCUCAGCCCUAUCUCAGGCUCUUGGGAAGAAGCCGCGCCCCUAGCCCCGCCCUUUAGUCCUAAAAGGCCUCUCGGGAGAGGUAUAGAGGCUCAGCCCUAUCUCAGGCUCUUGGAAGGAGGCCCCACCCCCUUCCCUAGCUCCGCCUUCUGUGUCCCAACAAGCGCCUCAGGAGAGGUAUAGAUGCUCAGCCCUGUCUUGGGCUCUUGGGAAGAAGCCACGCCCACUCCUCUGGCCCCGCCCUCAUGUCCUAAUAGGUGCCAUCACCGCCCCCCUGGAUCGCUCCAGUGCCCACCGGGAAUCACUGCUCUAAACUAAGCCUCUGUGACUAAGCCUCAGCAGUUGGAAACUCUGUCUUCCGACCUCCUUCCAGUGAAAACGCACAUCGUCGCAGCCUCUCAUCCAGCUCACGGGUACCAGCUCAUCCCUUCCUGUCUGUCAGCUUAAAGAAUCAAGCCAGUGUCUGUCUUUUAGUUCGUGUUCGCUGGACACUUCCUCAGACAGAAAAGGCCAUCCUUUACAUUACAACGAGGGGCCUUCAGCUAGUGUUGUCGAAGGCUUCCAUGGCCGGGAUCACAGUGUUGUUCUAUGUUUUCCCGGCCAUGUUCCAGUAGUAUUCUCUCCUGACGUUUCGCCUACAUCUGUGUCAGGCAUCCUCAGAGAAACUAAGCAAGGAAGGUUUAUAUCUAUCUGUGGAAAGUCCAGGGUGAGAGAAGAACCCAUGCAGGAAGAUGCCAGGAGAUGAAGCUAUUCAAUGCCAAUCAACUGGCCUCCAACUGACAAGAGUUCUUCUCUCACCCUAGAAAUAUAAACCUUCCUUGCUUAGUUUCUCCAUACCUGACAACCUCUGAGGAUGCCUGACGUAGAUGUGGGCGAAACGUCAGAAGAGAAUGCUUCUGGAGCAUGGCCAGACAGCCUGGAAAAUAUACAACAACACUGGCCUUCAGCUAGUUAGAAAGAAAGGGCACACCGCAGGCUUGCAAGCUCUUUCCUCACCUACCUCCUCGCAAAAUCCCUGGUGCUGUUCUGUUCUUCAUCACUGUGAGCUGCGGAAGCCAAGGCUCAAAUCUGAAUUUAUCAUCAUUGGCUGACUCUCUCUGUCUGAUUCUGCUUCGCUCUGUCUUUCUGAUCUACCUCGCAGGGGUGUUCUGGGGAUCAAAUAGAAGAGAAGAAUAUUGAGUGGCCAUCAGCUUUUGUCUUCUUCCGAGAAGAGCCAAUACACAGCAAAAGUGUCUUGCUUUCCGAUUUCUAUUCGACCGGCCCUCCGACAGCACUGUCCCUUUGCCUUUCGGAAGAGCAGGCAAACUUUUCCGAAAGGCAAAUCCUAUCUGGGAAGCAGCCAGGUAAGAGGAAGACUUUUCUGGACAAGGAAAAGGAAGCACAGCGAAUCAUUUUUUUCAGGGGAGGACGUGUCCAAGUUGGGUGGAAAAAACCACACAAGAGGAACCAUCGCAUGGGAAGGCCCAGAUCACAAAUGACUUUCGGCCACAAUGGAGAACUGAAACUUUAUUGCCUUCUUUUAUUGCCUUUAUUCCUGUCACCACUUGUCCCACUUUUCAAGGUGGAGGUGAAAUCUGCACAUUCUUCCGGGUGAAAACACUUCUCUGUAGAAUGUGUUCUCAAAGGCUUUCACGGCCGGAAAUAAUGGGUUGCUGUGAGUUUUCUGGGCUGUCUAGCCAUGUUCCAGAAGCAUUCUCUCCUGAUGUUUCACCCACCUCUAUGGCAGGCAUCCUCAGAGGUUGUGAGGUCUGUUGGAAACAUGGCAAGUGAGGUUUAUACCGUAUAUACUCGAGUAUAAGCCGACCCGAUUAUAAGCAGAGGCAACUAAUUUUGCCACGAGAAAACUGGGAAAACAUUGACUCAAGUAUAAGCCGAGGGUGGUAAAUUUCCGAAAUAAAAAUAGAUACCAAUAAAAUUACAUUAAUUGAGGCAUCAGUACGUUAAAUGUUUUUGAAUAGAAUCAUAGAAUCAUAGAAUAUUUACAUAAAGCUCAAAUUUAGGAUAAGACUGUCCAACUCUGAUCAAAUCAUUAUUCUCAUCUUCAAUGUAAAUGUGCUUAUAUAUCUUUUUAAUAAUAAUAGAGUAAAAUAAUACAUGUACAGUAGAGUCUCACUUAUCCAACACUCGCUUAUCCAACAUUCUGGAUUAUCCAACGCAUUUUUGUAGUCAAUGUUUUCAAUAUAUCGUGAUAUUUUUGUGCUAAAUUCGUAAAUACAGUAAUUACUACAUAGCAUUACUGCGUAUUGAACUACUUUUUCUGUCAAAUUUGUUGUCUAACAUGAUGUUUUGGUGCUUAAUUUGUAAAAUCAUAACCUAAUUUAAUGUUUAAUAGGCUUUUCCUUAAUCUCUCCUUAUUAUCCAACGUUCUGCCGGCCCGUUUAUGUUGGAUAAGUGACUCUACUGUAUUUAAAAAACUCUAAAAUCAGGACAGUAAAUAAUAAUAAUAACAACAAUAAUAAUGACUUUAUUUUUAUAUCCUGCCUCCAUCUCCUCGAAGGGACUCGGAGCGGCUCACAUGAGGAUAAGCCCAGAACAACACUCAGAAAACGGGAAUUCCGGAUAUGAAACAAUCAGGGCCAACUAACAUCUCCCAACAAAGGAUUCCCCCAGACAGGAAGCAGCCAGGUCUUGAAGCGGAAAGGCUAUUCAGUGCUAAUCAAGCUGGUCGACAUUCCCGCUUGCUUCCAACAGACAAAGAGUUCUUUCUUCCACCCUGGACAUGAUUCCACAGGGAUAUGAACCCCACUUGCCUAGUUUCCAACAGACCUCACAACCUCUGAGGAUGCCUGCCACAGAUGUGGGCGACAUGUCAGGAGAGAAUGCUCCUGGAACAUGGCCAGCAACCCAUCUUCUCUGUUGCAUUCUUAACAAGAAGCGAACCCUUUUAUGAGUUCUGCACCAUCUUUGCUGGACGAAGAUGGCAGUGAGCUUGGAAAGCUUUGAGACUAACCAGGAAAAAGAUGUUCGUAAACCAAAAGCUUCGUCUACCAGCUACUUCUUCCCAGUUAGUCUCAAAGAUACUACAAUAUGUCUUUGAAUGGUUGGAGAAAACGGCUUAUCUCCUUAUUUAUUACUUUGUGGUACUGUUUUGGCUUGGUUAGAGUGGUACAGAAUGUAAAACGGUUUUUCAAGUUAAUAGUUACACGAGUCAAGUCAUUUCACUUGAUCUAGUUGGUGUAGAUGAACAGCUGGGUCAGAACAGUUGGCCUCUCUUUUUUUACUAGCAAUAUUGAGAUUUCUGGGCUUAUAUUUUUAGCCGAAGCUUCCACAUUUUGAGUUGUUUCUAACUUGUUCGAGUAAAUCAAUUUUUCAUUGUACCAAAUGCACAAGGUUGUGGGUGAACUACAACUCGCACCAUGCCAGGUUAACCCCUUGAAACUCCCAUCAGUACUUAAGUUUGUGAUGUUGUGCAAAUUUGCUCUGGAUGUAUCAUCGGUGAGGUUUAGUGUGCUCUCUGGCUGCAGGGUAAACUAUAACUCCCACUAUGGUGAGUCAGUCCUUUCAUAUCCUUAUAGUGGGUUCAGCUGGUCAUGGAGGUUCUGUGUGCCAAGUUUGGCCCCAGUUUAUUGAUGAUCAGUGUCUCCGGAUGUAGGGAAACUACAACUCUCAGAAAUGGAAACCCUCCAAUAUGUUUGGUUGAUCAUGUGGGUCCUGUAUGCCAAAUUUGAAACAGGUCCAUCAUUGGUGGGAGUCAGUUUCUCAGGUUGUAGGUAAACUACAAUUCCCAAAAAAUCAAGGUCAAUUCCCCGCAAACCCCUCCAGUCAUGCAUUUUCAGCAUAUCGGGUCCAGAUUGCAUCAGUGUUUGGGUUCACAGUGUUCUCUGGAUGUAGGUGAACUACAACUCCUCCAAAUCAAAGUGAAUUUCUCCCAAAAACCUCCAGUAUUUUUUGCUUGGCUCUGUGUGCCAAAUUUAGUCCAAUUCCAUCUUUGGUGGAGUUCAGAGUGCUCUUAGAUUGUAGGUGAACUAUACAUCCCAGUCCCUACAUCUCCUAUAAAUCCAGUUUCAAUUUAUUCCUAUAAAUAUUUGGACUGAUGCAGAACAACCUCCUGUUUCCUGCCACCGAAAGGUGCAAGUGAGCUGGACACGAUGUGAUGAGAAGCUGUAGUUUUCCCAAGGUAGUUUGCACUAUCCUUCAAUGUUUGUCACUGUCACUCCAGCUCCUGACCAAGCCUACCUCACAGGGCUGUUGUGAGGAUCAACAUGCAGACUGUGCCUGGGUUCCACGCACAAUGUAACAAGUAAAUAAACAUUCUGAAAUGGCA